GCCGCAUCCGGACUGCCCCGAGGGGGGGUGCGGGGGUGUAAGGAACGGCAGUCCCCCCCCGGGUAAACCGCAGGGCUCUGCGGUGCGGGGAACCCCGACCCCUCCCUGCCCCCCGACGUGACACUUAGGCGGGGCGGACCCGACCCGAAAGCCCAGUUAAGGCGGGUUUCCCCCCGGUCGACCCGGUCCCGCAACGCGGGCAGGCUCUUGCCCGGCGUCACCGCAGCAGCUCCGCACCCGGCGACUCCCCGUGAUACGGAGCGCUGCGCCUUUAAAAACAAAAUGGCCGCCGCCUCCCGUGAUCCCCCCCAAUCGCCUGUCUGGCCGCCGCGCCGCCACUUCCGGGGGCGGGGCGCGGAGGCCGGAAGUGUAUCGCGCUCGCAAGAUGGCGACUCCCUAUGUGACUGAUGAGACCGGGAAGUACAUCGCCUCUACGCAGCGCCCUGACGGCACCUGGAGGAAGCAGCGGCGCGUGAAGGAGGGCUACGUGCCGCAGGAGGAGGUGCCGGUGUACGAGAACAAGUACGUGAAGUUCUUCAAAAGCAAGCCCGAGCUGCCCCCGGGGCUGAGCCUGGAGCCGAACGCCCAGCCCGGCAAGCAGCCCAGCAAAGCGGAGGGCGGGGAGACGGGACUGUCCAAAACAGCGAAAAGGAACUUGAAACGCAAGGAGAAGAGGAAGCAGCAGCAGGAGAAGGGCGAGCGGGAAACAGACGAACUGAUCCAGUCUCUGGAGAAGGUCUCCUUGUCGGGGGGCAGCGGAGGGGACACGCGAGCGGCCGCACCGCAGCCGGCCUGCGGCGCCCAGGGCUCCGCUGACGGGGAAGCCGCGGCCUCGGAGAAAAGCAAGAAGAUCAAGAACCUGAGGAAGAAGCUGCGGCAGGUGGAGGAGCUGCAGCAGCGGCUCGACUCCGGGGAGAUAAAGCAGCCGACCAAGGAGCAGCUGGAGAAGCUGGGCCGGAGGAAAGCCCUGGAGGAGGAGCUGCAGGAGCUGGAGCUGGACUUGUGAGGGGCGGGCGUGUGGCUGUCGUGGGGCGCGUGGGGCUGGCGUCCCCAGCGCAGGCUGUCUGGACUGAGCCCCAGCCCUUCUUUCCCGGGGUUUUGUUUUUUGGGUGGGUGCCGUCGUUUUUUUUCUUUUUCCACAACAGUUUUUGUUGUUUUGGUUUUUUUUCUUCCCAGCUCUCGGUGUUAGAAACUCGGCAACUCUCAGAUACCUCUC